AUGGAGUCUCAUCCAUGCAAGGAUGGCGCACAUCAAUGGAAGAUGCUCAUGCUGCUUUACUUGACUUGGACAACUCCACAUCUUUCUUUGGCGUUUAUGAUGGCCAUGGAGCAACUCCUGAAGCAGGAAGCUUAUGCUGCUGGUGAUAUUGGAACUGCUGCCCAGAAAUCUUUUCUCAGAAUGGAUGAGAUGAUGUGUGGACAACAUGGCUGGAGAGAGUUGGCUAUAUUGGGAAAUAAAAUGGAUCAAUUCAGUGGCAUGAUAGAGGGACUAAUUUGGUCACCAAAGGGUAACGAUUUAAAAGGUCUAAAUGAUAAUUGGUCUACUGAUAUUGGGAAAUAA